AUGGAAAAUAAACAGUCUCCAUCCAAGAAGAAACUGAAAUCGAUACAAGAGGAAAAAUUUAUACGUGAAGUUGAUUACGAUUCCUUUGCUGAGGGUUCCUCUCACCCACCUAAAAAACUGUUACUAGAAAUUUUUCAAAGAGGAUCACCUUAUGACAACUCAUCCCAAAAAGUGUUAGUUUCCAUAAAACCGAGAGCACCUGCAAUUAAAACUUUAUAUAUUGCCGAAAAAAGUAGAUUUCAAACAAAAAAGCAUAGUGAAAGAUCUGGUUCAAGGCUUGCCAUAGGAGAUCAUUCAUCGUAUACAACCCGUUUCAGCGAAGAUGAUUCAAAUACAGUUAACUCUAUAGUUUGGGGACCAACGGUAUAUGUGGAUUCUACAAAAAGUGAAAUAAUUACUAGCAAAAGUUCAAGUAGUUCUCUUCCAGCAGAGAGUUCUACACUACAGAAUUCAAAAUGUUCCAAUACAGAUAUUUCUUAUCAAAAUGUCGUAUAUAAUACCAAAAAGAGAUCAGCCGAAAAAUGUUACGUUUAUACUCAACCCCCUUUAAAUAUGUCACGCCCCAAUCACAGUAAAAAUACAAAAGAAUGCAAUUUAAACAAAGUUGACAUCGGCACCUUAGUUGUCACAAAUCCACCUGACGAUAUACCUCCUCACAAUAUUGUUAAUUUAAACAGACGAAUUGAACACUUAGAAAGAAAACUGCUGCGACAAGAAAUGGUUUUCCGGUCCCUAGAUCCCAGUAUUCCAUUGUCUUCGUCUGACGAAGAAUCUAAGAAUCAUAUAAUGAGAGUUAAUUCAAAUAACCCAAGUCCUGGAUGUAGCUACGUUGAAUAUAGCCACGUGCCCGAAACGUCGGCAUUCCAGCGUUACACUCAACAACCCGCUCCGUUAUCAGCAAGCAAAGCUACAACUAUACAAAAGGAGCAUAACUCAGAACAAUAUGGCCGCGAUUUCACAUUAUAUGAUGGUAUUACUGCACGAGGUAGACGACAAUGUGCAUCUGUGCCUUGUAAACGAGAUGCUGGGUCUAAGAUGGCCGCUGAAAGGGUACAUAAAAUAAGACAUAAACUAAAUCCUGUCCGAGAUUAUCGUCUAAUGGAUACUGUACAUUACUUGGCUCAAGGGGAGUUUGCUCCGCGAGAUGAUGGCAUUAAGUUAACGCCAUCCCGAGAAGCUGUGCUAAGUGAUAUUAUAUGGGAAGAUGUAUGCCGCACUCAUUGGCCUAAUGCACGCCUUGCUCGACGUAUGGGUCACUCUGAAAGAUAUGGACCAAGAUCCGAACUGCAGCGUUUAAUCGAUAGUUUACUAAGAGAACGUGUAGCUCACGUUGAACGCAGAAGACGACGACAUUACCGUAUAGUUAAAUUAAACCAUCGUCAUGAAAGUUGUCGACCUUUAGGUAAAACUGGUGAUAUAAUUGUAGCAAGUCACAAAAGCAGACAAAAUACAGACGAAAGAGAAGUGGCUCUCAGCGAUCAUAACGCUGUUAACGAGUUUAUUUCAGAGAGGCGACGUAAUGAGCGACAUUCUCAUAGACAGCACAGAAGCCAUGAUCGUCUAGUUUUUCCAGAAACAAGGAAUAGGAAGCAAUUUAAACAAGAUGAAUGCUCACCAGGCACGAGUUAUGCAGCAGACAAUUCCACGGGGAAUAGAGAACCGACUUGUUGCUAUCACGCAUGUGGCCCUAGCAAAACUCAGAGGAGUCCUUUGACGGAACCAAAUUACUCUGGAAAAAUUGACAGUGAACUGGCAAGAAACAGUAGCAAAGCCUCGGAGAAGGUUAGAAAUAAAAAUCCUCGCCUCGUAGUAAAGAAGAAUUCUUCACGAAAAAAAAGCUGUACUAAGGAGGAACCUAAUCUCGAGCACUAUAUUUUGUUACCAACACUCGUAGUAAAAUCUCCCUCGAACAUGCGUCGACAGAAAAAGUUUAACGAAUUAUAUCACCGCAUACUCAAUGUACAAUUAAAUCAAGAUCGUGAUAUCACAGAUACAAAACCCGAAGUAAAUCCACAAAAGAAAGACGUUGGUUUGAAUAUAAACAUCACACUUUCCAACAGUGAAGAGAAAAUUUCAAAGUAG